CCAAGUUCACGUGACACGGUUGCGUGCCCUCCUCCCCUAUUCUCGCAAACACAGGGGUGGAAUUUCCCGGACGACUAUCGAUUCGGACUUUCAAGGGCAACGCUGCGGAAGUUACACCUGUUUAUCUAUUGUAGUGGCACCACUGACAUCAAAAAACCCACUAAAUGUCAUAAUUACAAUAAAACACCCUAGAAAUCGUCAUUGCCAUAGUUACAAUAGUCUAAGCCCACUCGAUCUUCACUUGUGACAUAACACAAUCCACGAUUGUUUGAAGAGGAGAUAAGAGAUUUGGGUCUUCUUAUCAGCGACGUUUAAGGAAAUAAUUCGAUUUUAAUGUUUUUUUUUUUUGUUAUCAUUCAAGGAAGAUGGCUGUGUCUCAUUAAGUUCAAAUUUUCGGUUUCAAUCUCAGUAAUCUGUGACUAAGCCACCAAUGAUAACACUUUGCCCCCUCUUCUACGCCACUGCCUCCGUAAAUGAUAACACAAAAGAGUAUUUGAAGUGGCCCCAGUCUCGCGUAUCAGAGGACACAUGUCCGUGUUUAACCUCAGUAAAAAGUGACUUUUUCUCCCGUUUUUUGUGUUGUGUUUUUUACCCGUUUGAUGCCACUGGCGGCGGUUAUCGGAGGCGGCUACAUGAUGUUGGACGAUUUUCAGUUGGCGAUCAACCUCCAACCUCCGUGGCCGCAUGGCACGUCAGCGUGCACCAAUCAUCAUCCGGCAUAGUCCGCCCCUCCUCCGUAUGGGCCACGCCCACCGUUUGUCUAAAUUUCGGCGGCAAUUCAGUCGAGACUUACAAGAAUGGCCGACAACGCCAUGGACACACCCCCGAAAGUGAAUUUAACCUCACAUAGUGAUAUUAAAGUGAACGGUGGUGAGCAUUUGCCCCUCAUGGAGGACGACAAGCCCCCAUUGCGUUGUGUCCAAUUCGACAAGCCCCAAACCAGCACCACUAGUCUCUCUUCGAGUUCCAGUUCGAGUCUCGAUCUCAGCGAGGCGACGCCCCCGGAUGGGGGCUGGGGCUGGGUGGUGGUAGUCGCCUCCUUCGUGGUCAAUCUCAUCGCCGAUGGGAUCACCUUCAGUUUCGGCGUCAUCUUCGUCGAAUUCUUGAAGUAUUUUGGCCAAAAUCGGGGAACCACCGCCUGGAUUGGGAGUUUAUUCAUGGCGAUGCCGUUACUUUCGGGGCCCAUAGCGAGUUUUCUAACCGAUCGGUAUGGCUGUCGCAAAGUUACCAUUUUCGGUUCGGUUUUAGCCUCAACCGGGUUUAUUAUCAGUUCAAGGGCGAAUAGUAUGACAGUUCUCUGUAUUACCUUCGGGAUUUUGGCCGGUUUUGGUUUGAGUCUUUGCUACGUAGCGUCGGUGGUUAUCGUCGCCUACUAUUUUGAUAAGAAGAGAUCGUUCGCGACUGGGUUGGCUGUGUGUGGGAGUGGUAUAGGGACUUUUAUUUUUGCACCGUUUAUUCAGUUUUUACUAAAUGAGUACGGUUGGAGAGGCACAACCUUGAUUCUUGCCGGUUUAUUUCUCAAUCUAGCCGUUUGUGGUGCUGUCAUGCGUGACUUACCAUGGACGUCAAAAAAACUCAAAAAUCUAGCAAAAGAAAGGAAAAGAAACCGAAAUUUGAAACGUAAGAAAGGCUCCUCAGCUGACUCAUUCUCAGUUAGUAAUAGCACAAAUACGGCUAGUGGCCUUCAACCAAUCGGGGAAACACCGGAAUGUCUCGAUAUGACAGAUCGACUGUCAUCGUCACUUGUCAAUCUACCAACCUAUGUCAGAAACGGCGAAAAAGUCCCCAUUGAAGUAAUCGAAUUGUUAUCACAACACAAGAACGUUUACAAUGUUUUAUUGGCCAAUUACCCGAACUUGUUGACACCUUCACGGAGUUUCAGUGAUUCGGGACGCCUUAACGAGGCCUACUUGAAACAAUUGCCACCACAACCUGCAACCACCAAUCAGGACCCAGCUUAUUUAUGGUGGCUGAAACGCAACCAAAUCUCACCACCACGAAACCCUAAUCGUAAACUACCAACAGCAUUUUUGAAAGAUCUAAGAGUGCAUAGGUUAUCGGUGACGUACCGUGGCGCCAUGUUGAAUAUCAAUCGGUAUCGACUUCGGGCAAGUUCGUGUCCCGACAUUUACCGAAACAGUAUGACCACCAUUGCGAAAGAAAAAUCACAGUGGUAUGCCGGAUUGUGGGAUUUCUGGGAUUUACUCGUCGAUAUGUUCGAUUUUUCGCAUUUCGCCGAUGUGAAAUACCUACUUUUUGCCAUUUCGAAUUUUUGUUUGUACACGUGGUAUGAUGUGCCCUAUGUGUAUUUAACGGAUCAUGCGAGGAGUUUGGGCUAUUCGGAGGAGGAUGCUUCACUACUCAUCUCCAUUAUUGGGAUUAUCAACAUGUUGGGCGAGGUGAUCCUGGGUUGGGCCGGAGACCGGUCAUGGGCCAACGCCAACAUCAUCUACGCCAUUUGUAUGGGGCUGUGUGGGGCCGUGACAGCAAUUGUGCCCCUCAUUGACAGUUACUGGUCCCUGUGUGUCAUUUCCGGUGCCUUUGGGUUUUUCAUAGCAGCGAAUUACUCACUCACGUGUAUAAUUCUCGUCGAAUUGAUCACUUUGGAUCGCUUUACCAACGCUUACGGUUUGCUACUGCUGGUUCAAGGCGUGGCUAAUCUCAUCGGUCCGCCUCUUGGAGGUUGGCUCUACGACCAAACGGAUAAUUACAACUUGUCGUUUUAUUUAGCGGGGCUGUUUAUAGCCCUCUCGGGGCUACUUUUGAUCAUCAUGCCUUUCGUGAGACGUUACAAACGUUUCAUGCAACGUAACGAAGAGUUUGAAGAGGCGAAAUUUCAGAAUAUUAUCGCGGCGUGUCUGUCAAAAACGGUUCAGAAGCCGGCCACUGGUGGCGCUAGUCACAUUUAAUAAUCACAAGUGAACUUAAGUUUUUUUGAUGUCGGUUUUUGUGCAUGCGAUUUUAGACGAGUCGAAAGUUCAAUUAAUUAUUCUGUAGAGUUUUCCGAAUCUCAGGUUCAAAAUCGUAGGGGAAUGUUAUUACUUCUUGUAUAUAUUUAGGCUGUGUUAGACCAGACACUGAUAUACAAUCAUGCACCAUUCAAUUGUUAUUUUUUCAAGUUUGUUGUUCGGUGGGUGCAAGGGAGGUUUCGGACGCGGGGCGGAGCCCCUCACGCAACGGGUCCGAAAUGUCCGUGCCCAUCUGAAUUAUAAGCAUAGCUGUGAUUCGAAGUACGAGUUGUUUUCGACAAUUACGAGUAUUUUCCCUAUUUAUUUUUCCUCAUAGUACAACAUUUCAAAUACUAAUCGACAGUAUUUCGACUUGAGUUACCUUUUCAGUAUGGAUUCUCAUUAGUUUUGAUUAGAGUGUACCUUAAUUUCAAUAUAUUUAGUGUCCCCGUCAAUAAAUUCAUGCCUUUAGCUACUCUUAUAAGUAGGAAAUCUCCAAUACGAUGGGGUCCCACGUUAAAGAACGUUCUAAUAAAUCUAAGCUGUUUUAAUUUGGGGCCAGUCGUUGUUUCAUAGUUUUUAAUAUCUUUACUGUAUUAAUAUCGGUAGAGUAAAUCAAUAAAACUAUUCAAA